CCGUUGCACCUCUCUCAUCCUCAGGCGAUCCUUCUCCCCCUUAUCCUCUUAUUUAUCACGAUACACCCUUUACCCUUCUAUUAAAUUCUCUUCUUUUCUCUUCUCCUUCCUUAUUUCCUUCACCUUGGCACUGCCUGGAGACUGAUAAGCAACACCCAUUUUCCUUUUUUCUCUUCUUUAGAGGAUCCAUAUCAAUGGGCUGUAGAGAAGAAAAUGGCAUUUGACUUGUUUGCUGUCUUUUCUUUUGUUUAAGGAUAUUCGUUAGAAGCCGGAAGGGAAGUGUAGGGGAAAGGAGAGGAUGUCCUGUUUGUUGCCACAGUUCAAGUGCCAACCUGACACUUUUUCUAUCCAAUUCAGAACUCACCACUCUCACCAUUCAAAACAUAAAGAACAUAUAUGUUUCCGGACACAGUGUGUUUUAUCUACUACUUCAUCAUCAACGUCAGCAAUGACAACUGCAGUGCUUGAUGUAGAGAAGUUAAGGUUACCAUCUUUUGAAGCUCAUCCAAAUUCUGUUGCGGCUGAUAGACCAUGGACAUAUAUAGGGGCAACUGGUCCACCCUCAGAGGCAAGCUUGGCAGCAACUUUAGCUACCGAAAAUCUUCUCACUAGUGAUGAGGCUGUAAUUGCUGCUGCUGCUGCUGAAUCAGUAGCUCUUGCACGAGCAGCUGUUAAGGUUGCAAAGGAUGCUGCCUUGAUGGCUAAGAACUACAAUUAUGCAAAAACAGAAAUGAAAUCUGGAGUCUCAUCUGCAACUGAUACUUUCACGUCCAAGUGGGCUUUGUUUACAGAAGCAGAGAGGGCUGGUAUUAUUGGAGAUUCCCCCACAGAUGAAAGUGAAAUGGAAGAAGAUGAUUCUGAGCAAAACGCCACAACAGAAUCUGAUGAACUAGAGCCCACAAAUGAAGAACUUGAACUCCUUGAGGAACAAUUAUCAAGAAGUAUAAUAGUUAGGUCAAGGCGCCAAACUGAACGAAAAGCCAAAAGAACAAGAGCAGCAGAGAAGGCUGCUGUUAAUGUUGUUUCUGUGAAGUCAGGUUCUACCAACAGAAAAAAGCGUGGUGCUUUGCAAGAUGUAGACUACUCUGAUCCAUUGCAUUACUUGAGAGUGACUACCAGUACUUCCAGGCUUCUUACUGCUAAUGAAGAACUUGAGUUGUCGGAAGGAAUACAGGACCUACUGAAACUGGAAAGGCUCCAGGAGGAGCUUGCAGAGCGAUGUGGAGGACAGCCAACCUUUGCACAGUGGGCUGCUGCUGCUGGAGUUGAUCAGAAGACCCUGAGAUCACGCUUAAAUUAUGGUGUACUUUGCAAGGACAAAAUGAUCAAAAGCAACAUACGGCUUGUUAUUUCAAUUGCAAAAAAUUAUCAGGGAGCUGGAAUGAAUCUCCAAGAUCUUGUUCAGGAAGGAUGCCGGGGUCUCAUAAGAGGUGCUGAGAAAUUUGAUGCUUCUAAAGGUUUCAAGUUCUCAACUUACGCUCACUGGUGGAUUAAACAAGCUGUACGGAAGUCUCUCUCUGAUCAGUCAAGGACAAUUCGCUUGCCAUUUCACAUGGUUGAGGCAACAUAUAGAGUGAGAGAGGCUAGAAAGCAUUUGUACAGUGAAAAUGGAAGACACCCUGACAAUGAAGAAGUUGCAAAGGCCACUGGGCUCUCCAUGAAGAGGCUCACUGCCGUUCUACUCACUCCAAAGGCUCCUAGAUCUCUUGAUCAGAAGAUUGGGAUCAACCAAAAUCUCAAACCUUCGGAAGUAAUUGCAGAUCCUGAAGCAGAAACAGCCGAAGAUAUGCUGAUCAAGCAGUUCAUGAGGAAAGAUCUGGAGAAGGUGUUGGACAGUCUGAGUCAAAGAGAGAGGCAGGUCAUCAGAUGGAGGUUUGGAAUGGAGGAUGGAAGGAUGAAAACUUUACAAGAAAUCGGUGAGUUAAUGGGUGUAAGCAGAGAAAGAAUCCGGCAAAUCGAGUCAUGUGCCUUCCGGAAGUUGAAGAACAAAAAGAGAACAAAACAUUUGCAGCAAUAUUUGCUUUCAUACGCCUCAUAAAAAUAUCCAGGAUUCAGAUUACUAAUGGACCUGCCAGCAUGAAUAGUUGAGGUUCAAAAGGCUUGUUUAAGAAAUACUUAGUCCUUUUACAUUAGCCAGCGAUACAAAUGUAUCUUCACUUUUAGGUGUACCUACAAAUGGUUGUUCAUAGAAAACACAGAAUUUUUUGAAUGAAGCAUUUCACAUUUUUUUA